CGAAGUGGGAGGGAGGCAGCCAGCCCCGCUGCUGCUGGGUGUCAUUGGAGCAUUCCUGUCUCCCAGUGACCGCAGAGGCAGCCUGGGAGUCAGACGUGGCUCAGGCAGGGAGAGGAAAGGGGUGGCCAGCCACAGCCCGAGGUGCCUGAGAUGCCGCCACCUCCGCAGAAGAGGCGCUGGGAGUCCAUGGCCAAGGGGCUGGUGCUGGGCGCUCUCUUCACCAGCUUCCUGCUGCUGCUGUACUCCUACGCCGUGCCCCCGCUGCACGCGGGCGUGGCCUCCACGACCCCGGAGGCCGACGCGCCCUGCUCUCCUGCCCCGGGUGAGCCAGAGGCGGUGACUUGGGCCAACGGCUCCGCGGGAGGGUGCCAGCCGCGGCGCGACAUCGUGUUCCUGAAGACGCACAAGACGGCCAGCAGCACGCUGCUCAACAUCCUGUUCCGCUUCGGCCAGAAGCACCGGCUCAAGUUCGCCUUCCCCAACGGGCGCAACGACUUCGACUACCCGGCCUUCUUCGCCCGCAGCCUGGUGCGGGACUACCGGCCCGGGGCCUGCUUCAACAUCAUCGGCAACCACAUGCGCUUCCACUACGACGAGGUGCGCGGCCUGGUGCCUCCCAACGCCACCUUCAUCACGGUGCUCCGCGACCCCGCCCGCCUCUUCGAGUCCUCCUUCCACUACUUCGGGUCCGUGGUGCCCCUCACGUGGAAGCUCUCGAGCCGCGACAAGCUGGCCGAGUUCCUGCAGGACCCCGAUCGCCACUACGACCCCAGCGGCUACAACGCGCACUACCUCCGAAACCUGCUCUUCUUCGACCUGGGCUACGACAGCGGCCUGGACCCCGGCAGCCCGCGGGUGCAGCAGCACAUCCUGGAGGUGGAUCGCCGCUUCCACCUGGUGCUCCUGCAGGAGUACUUCGACGAGUCGCUGGUGCUGCUGAAGGACCUGCUGUGCUGGGAGCUGGAGGACGUGCUCUACUUCAAGCUCAACGCCCGCCGCGACUCGCCCGUGCCGCGCCUCUCGGGGGACCUGUACCGGCGCGCCACGGCCUGGAACAUGCUGGACGCGCUCCUCUACCGCCACUUCAACGCCAGCUUCUGGCGCAAGGUGGAGGCCUUCGGGCGGGAGCGCAUGGCCCGCGAGGUGGCCGCCCUGCGCCGAGCCAACGAGCGCAUGCGGCGCAUCUGCAUCGACGGCGGCCGGGCCGUGGACGCCGCCGCCAUCCAGGAGUCGGCCAUGCAGCCCUGGCAGCCGCUGGGCAUCAAGUCCAUCCUGGGCUACAACCUCAAGAAGAGCAUCGGGCAGCGGCACGCGCAGCUGUGCCGGCGCAUGCUCACUCCCGAGAUCCAGUAUCUGAUGGACCUCGGGGCCAACAUGUGGAUCACCAAGCUCUGGAAGCUCAUCCGGGAUUUUCUGCAGUGGUGACAUCCCCGCGGGCCAGCGGCCUGCGCGCCCACUCCCUGGGGAGGGGCUGAGCAGGGUCCCUCUGGUGCUGGCCUCCCUCUGCCCCUCCUGGUGCCCCCUCGGACUCCCGGGGUGAGGUGGGGCUGUCAGCGGGACGCAGCCAGCCAGGACUGGGCCCACAGCGCACAGAGAGGGCCUAACCGAGAUCAGUAUUUGACUAAUUAUGCCUUUUUUUUUAUUAAACCCCCUUCCCUCCAAAAAAGAAUGUUCUAUUUCCUGCCUCCCCUUAAAGGAGAGACCUCAGAAGUAAAGGAAUUUGAUGUUGUGUUUUUGUUAA